UUCUGAGCUGCGAUCAGUUUUGGGGUCCCUAAGAUUGAGUGAUUGGAUGAACCGACCAGCCGUAAUAGAAAUUGGCGACAACUUUGACUCUUUAACCCGAGGACAUGCAACACAACCUGAAGAACUAACUGAUAUAAAUUUUGACAGAGAGAUAAAGCACUUCCUGCUGAGACGGAAUAUGCCAUUCGGCGGUGAUCUGCGAGCUAUCGAUAUUCAGCGGAAUCGAGACCAUGGAUUAGCAUCUUACAACGAUUUAAGAGAGUUUUGUGGCCUCAAGCGAGCCAGUAGCUGGGAAGAUUAUGGUGAUCUCAUCGAGCUCAAUAUUAUUGAAAAAAUGAAAUCCUUAUACGCUAGCCACGAAGACGUUGAUCUUACUGUGGGCGGUGCCGUGGAGGCACAUAUAACAGGAGCUCUUGCUGGACCCACAUUCCUUUGUAUACUUACAGAACAGUUCUAUCGUACACGUGUUGGCGACCGAUUUUGGUAUGAAAAUGCAGAUCCAUUGACAGGAUUCACAGAAGAACAACUCGCAGAAAUACGUAAAGCCAGCAUGGCACGUUUAUUAUGCAAUAAUGGAAACCAAAUCUCUUCAAUGCAGCAAUCUGCUUUUAAAGCCAUUUCAGAGUCAAAUCGUGUUGUGUCAUGCUCAGAUAUUCCUAAAGUUGAUGUGGCGAAAUGGAUUGAUCAGAAACCAUUGGUGCAAGCAAAUAACGUUUUAAACGUAGUUCCACUCCAUUAUGGGAAUUAAUUUAAAACUUAGGCCCAGUUUUUCAGUGCCACUGUAAACUUAGAUCACGCAAACUGCGUUUAAAUUGAACAGGUGGCUGACAUUUAAUUGCCUACGAUUAGUUUAAACCAGCCAACUCGCGCGUUUAAACUAUGUUCAAACCAAAGCCACGCACUUAAAAACUGGCCCUUAGUAUGCCAGGCUAAGUACAUAUACAACUUAUUGGAGAAAUUAAUUUCCACUAGAAAAAGCGUUUUUAUUAGUUACACUGUAUUCAUACAUAUAUACAUACAUAUAAAUACAUAUAUAAUGGAAAUAUAUUUUAAUCU